CCGAGGAGAUGAGAGAAAAAACGUAAGAGAACGCUAGUUAGUGGUUUCAGUUCUACACUUGUACUGAAUAACUGUGAAGCGCUAAUAGGCUGUUGGCAUGGCGACAUCGCCGCUGCCACGCUGGGCACCGACGCCAAGCCCGUCGCUCCCGCUGUGGCGAACCUCUCCCGGCGGCGGUGACGGUGCCGCCGUCCGUGGCUUCCUGCGUUCCCCAUUCCGCACCGUGCUCGCGGCUCUCCGCGGUCGGCGCGCCGCUCCCCGCGGCGACACGGCGCCUCCUCGUCCGCUACAUCCGGCGGCAGCGGCGGCGACGACGGAGCACGCCGCCGCCAGCGGGUUCGAUAGUAUAGGUAUCGACGUCGUCGGCGCGGCUCGAGGGGAGAAGCGGCUUGACGACGGCGAUGGCGGGGGCGUGUUCCUGACGUGGGAGGACGUGUGGGUGACGGCGGUGGACAGCAGGGGGCACGCCGCCGCCAUCCUCAACGGCGUCGGCGGCUGCGCGCGCCCCGGCGAGGUGCUGGCCAUCAUGGGGCCCUCCGGCUGCGGCAAGACCACGCUGCUCGACACCCUCGCCGGAAGAUUGGACUUGAACUUGAAGAUGAGAGGACAAAUUUUAAUUAAUGGCCGAUCUCAGAAACUUGCAUUUGGAACCUCGGCAUACGUGACUCAAGACAACGUGCUAAUGACAACGCUGACGGUGCGCGAGGCCAUUUACUACUCGGCGCAAAUCCAGCUGCCGGACACCAUGUCGACGGCGGAGAAGCUGGCGCGCGGUGACGACACGGUGAGGGAGAUGGGGCUGACUGGCGCGCUGGACAUCCGGAUCGGCGGGCGGUCGAGCAAGGGAAUCAGCGGCGGGCAGCAGAAACGGCUGAGCAUCUGCCUCGACAUCCUGACCUGUCCCCGCCUUCUCUUCCUGGAUGAGCCCACCAGCGGCCUUGACAGUGCUGCCUCCUUCCAUGUCAUGAGCCGAAUCACCAGCCUCGCUGCCAGGGAGGGCAUGACCAUCGUCGCCGUCGUGCACCAGCCGUGCAGCGAGGUCUUCGAGCUCUUCCAUGGUCUCUGCCUGCUCGCCUCUGGGAGUACCAUCUUCUUUGGCCCAGCUUCAACUGCUGCCGAGUUCUUUGCUUCGAAUGGCUACCCUUGCCCGCCAAUGAGGAACCCAUCGGAUCAUUUCUUGAGGACUGUGAACAAAGAUUUUGAUAAGGAGAGUGAAGAAGGACUCCCGUGCAUGCCAGAAGAGGAAGCAAUAGACAUUUUGGUGAACUCAUACAAAUCCUCCAAUACAUCAGAAGUUGCGAACCAGGAAAUGCGUUACGUAAACGAGGAUCGGGCGAUGAUUGGAAGAAACCGACCUGGUUUUGUUACUAAGACACUUGUGCUUACUAGAUGUUCAUUUGUCAAUAUGUAUAGAGAUAUUGGAUAUUAUUGGUUGCGGUUGGCCAUUUACGUUUGCAUAACUGUUUGCCUUGGGACCAUAUUUUACCAUGUGGGCUAUGGACCCGAUUCAAUUCAAGCUAGAUCACACAUGCUAAUGUUUAUUGCCACACUGCUAACCUUUAUGGCAAUUGGAGGGUUCCCCUCCUUCGUGGAGGACAUGAAGAUCUUCAGGAAAAGACUAAAUGGACACUAUGGUGUGGCCGCAUUUGUCAUCUCCAAUACAUUGUCAUCCAUACCAUACCUUCUCCUUAAUGCUGUAGUACCUGGUGCAAUUGCAUACUAUCUUACUGGCUUACAAGGGAAAAUUGAACAUUUUGUCUAUUUUGCGCUAGUACUUUGUGCAUGCACAAUGCUAGUCGAAGCCCUAAUGAUGAUCGUAGCAACCAUUGUACCAGAUUUCCUAAUGGGGAUAAUCACAGGUGCUGGUAUACAAGGUAUUAUGAUGCUUACUAGUGGAUUCUUCCAAAUACCUAAUAACCUUCCAAAGAUAGUAUGGAAGUACCCAAUGUACUACAUUUCCUUUCACAAGUAUGCACUGCAGGGGUUUUACAAGAAUGAGUUCUCAGGGUUAGUCUUCCAAAGUAACCUAGGAGGACAGGAAACAGUGAGUGGUGAAAAAGUUAUUGUUGAGUUAUUUCAAGUGGAAACAGGUCAUUCAAGAUGGGUGGAUCUUGCGGUACUUUGUGGCAUGAUUGUCAUCUAUAGGCUAUUGUUUGUAGUGAUUAUCAAGGUUAUUGAUGUGGUCAAGCCCAUGCUUUUGGGGUUGACAUUUAGGUGCAACACUAAAUGCAUUUGUGGCAUAGAGAACCUUUGCAGUACUUCAUGAUGUUUUAAGAAAAUAUUAUAUCUAACAUUGUUAUAUUGCUUUGUCCUCUAUACAAUGAGAAAACAAAUUGUAAUGAUGCCAUGGCUAUUACUUGGACGAAUCUUUCAUGGGUUGCAUCAAAGUAACAGUAGUUCUCUCCA